CGUGUUUCUUUGGAAAGGGUUGUUACAAGAUAUUGGCGUCGGCGCGAUGGACGACGACGGUGGUAGAGCAAGCGCGAUCGCGACGGCGUCGCCCGCGUGCAGAUGCGAGGCGGCUGGUCCAAGGAGCCCCUCGUCGCCGAGCGCAUCGACGCGUACCUCCUGCAAUGGGACAAGACGACGCAGCCGCUGCCCGAUGUGUUUGACACGACGACGCGCAAGCCCGAGAACGAGGCCGACAUUGUCGUGCACUUUGCAGCGUGCAUCAAGUACCACGACACGACAUUGACGCGAACGCAGUUUAUCAAGGAGUAUGGCGAGCUGCCGCGCAGCCGCGACGGCGAGAUCCUUCGCCUGCGCGAAGCUCUCGUCGAGCAGUACUGCAUCGAUAUUGAAAUGGACGCGAAGAAGGCCGCCGUCUUGCGCAGCGACGACUCGUGGAUGGACGAGGUUGACGCCAUCGUGCCCACAGCCCAUCGCGUGCCAAAGCCGUCACCAGCGGAUCGGCUCAAGUACAUUACGUCGUUAUGGCCAACCAACAUGCCCCACUUCAAGGACAGCGAUGAGAGCCUCGACUAUUUCGGGUUUGAAGUCGGUAUUUACAUUGAGCCCGAGACCGCGCCGACGCCGACGACAACCACCAAGGACGACGAAGAGACCAAGACAGCCGACGAGAGCGAGGUCGACGCCGCACCCGAGACUGUUCAGCAGUUGGCCAUGGGCCACUCGUCCAAAGAAGAGAACUGGGUCCAAUGUGACAAGUGUCAAAAGUGGCGCAAGCUGCCGGACACGGUCGACGUUUCGGGGCUCCCUGCAAUCUGGUAUUGCCGCAUGAACAAGUGGAGUCGUCGCUUCAACAAAUGCUCGGCUGCCGAAGAGACCACGGUCGUGCCCCUCAAAGACACGGACCUCAAGUCGCUCAAGGAGCGCAAAUUUGUGUACCAGUUUGCGCAGCGCCUCAAGCGUAUGGAAAAAGCCAUGCAGGACCUCAAGUAUACCGACGCCAAGGACGACGACGGUAGCCGGCAGUUUGUGCAGUGCCAAGUGUGCCACAAGAAGCGCCCACUCCUCGCGGGCAUGGACCCGCGAAAAGUCCCACAGCCAUUUCUGUGCUGGAUGAACAGCUGGGACGAGCUGCACGCGAGCUGCUCGGCGCCGCAAGGCGAGCUCGUCGAACGAUCGCCCGAGUCAUCGCCGGCCCCCGAGCCCGCCGCGCCGAGGCCCAAAAAAGUCAAGGACAAGGACGCGCCCAAGAAGAGUGAGAAGGAGCCGACGAAGCGAGCCAACAAGGCGGCCAAGGCCAAGGCGGGGUCGCUCUCGGGCUCGUCGGCGUCGGUGCCACCGCCGUUGUACUCGUCGUCCGACGAAGACAACAAUGUCAAGCCGACGACGACCAAAUCGGCUGCGACAUCCAAGCGCAAGGGCACGAAAGACGCGGCGAAACUCCGCAAAAGGGUGAAAAAGUAACAUUUUGGUUACAAAAUGUACUUGGUCAAGUCG